AAUUGCCGAAGACCUAACUCACACUCAAAUUGCGAUUCGAUUAAAAAAGAAAAGGCGCACCGAAAUCCAUCGUAUUGGCCGCCAAAAAAAUUAGCAAGUGUAAUCCAAUUGUGACUUUGUAUAUUUCCAUGCCAUCACCGCACGAAAAGGAUGCUAACAAAGCGGCAGAAACGGCAGCCAAAGAAAAUGCCGCCGAUAAGGUAAGCGAUGUGGAAAAUGCAUCGGCCGCCGCGGGGGUGGCGAAAGCCGAGGGGGCCCAGCCGGAAAGGGGGCCUAAAGAUGCAGCAGAAUCCCCCGCCGCUGCCGACGCACCUGCCUCUGCUGCCACUGAUGACGUCGCUGAUAAAAAAGCCAAAGGAGACUCAACGGCAGUUUCAAAUCCCGAAUCGGAUGCAGCUGCAGCGGACAAAAAGGAGAAAUCCCCCUCGCCGGCACUAAAGAAGUCAAACAAUAAGGAUGCUAAAAAGGAGGAAAACUCUGAAAAGGACGAGGAGAACACGGAAGACGGCGAUGAACCAGAGGAGGGUGAUGAGAAGGCGAGCGAUGAAGAGAUUGAGAAAAAGAAAUCCAAAUCAGAUGCAGAGGACAAGAAAAAGGAAGCCACUGAUGAGUCCAAGCCAAAGUCCGGAGCCGAUAAGCCCAAGAAACCCGAGCCCAAGGCCAAGAAUGGCAAGGUGGCCAAGGAAGAGGACGACGACGAAGAGGACGAGGAUGAUGAGGAUGCCGAAGAUGAUGACGGAGAUGAGAACGAUGGCCUGGACAAGAACAACGAGGUGGCCGAGGAUGACGAGAAUGUCGUGGCUCUCGCCGAGAUUGAUCGCAUCAAUGAGAAUAUUAAUAAGACUCGUGUAGAUGGCCUGCAAACAUUGCAUGCGAUCUGCUUUGGCGCCCAGGGCAAGAACAAUGUUGUCAAGAAGAACUUGCGCUCCUUUGCCGGUUUCGAGUUUGCCAAGGAUUCAGCGGAGUACAACAAAAAACUGGAGGCCAUCAAAAAGGUGGAUAAUAAGGGGCUGCGCAGCAUCUGCGAGAUCCUCACCCUUGAUCGCAAGGGCAGCAAGAACGAGACUGUCCUGCGCGUGCUCAAAUUCCUAAUGGAACCCGACGAGUCGCUUUGCUUGGAGCAGGGCGAUGAAGAGGAGGAGGAAGAUCCCGAAGACGAGGAUCUGGACGAAGACGAGGAGGACCCGCCCAGUGAAGAGGACAAGAAACGCAAGACCGGAAAGUCGAGCGGCGGCUCUGGGAGAGGCUCUGCUCGCAAUUCCACCGGACGUCCCCGACGUGCGACGGCAGGAAAGAAAAUGUCCGCCUAUGUAGAUUUCUCCAGCUCUGAGGAGAGCGAGCAGAAAGUGGCAGUUCCCAAAAGGAGACGAAAUGAUGACUCCGAAUCGGGCUCAGAUUACAAUCCUUCUGCCAAUUCCGACUCCGAUGGUCGUGGUGGUGGUGCUGGUGCAGCAGGUCGUAAAGUCCCAAGCCGCGGCGGUCGCGGUCGUCCUGCGCGCAAAAGUCGCAGAAGAAACUCUGAUUCCGAGGAGGAAGAGGAAUCGGAAGUUUCUGAAGCCGAUAGUGAUGUCCCAAAACGCAAACGUGGUUCCGUGGGAAAACGUGGGCGACCGGCAGCUCCUGCGUCAGCUGGACGAAGGGGUAGAGGGCGAGGUGCAGCCUCCCGAAAGCGUAAAGAUUCAGAUAGCGAGGAUGAGGAGGUAUCCGAGGAUGAAGAGGAGGAGGAUGUCUCAGAUUUUGCCAGCGAUCAAAGCGAAGAGGAACGUCCCAAAAAGAGUAAGAAGCCCAUUACGCCUGCGAAAAAUAGCAAAGCUAACAACAAGUCAAAACCAGCUGGAAAGGCCGAUAGUCGAUCGAAAAAAUCAAAGAAGGAAUCGUCCGAAGAAGACGAUGAUGUCGAUGACAAAGAUGAAUCCGACGAGGAUGAGCCACUAACCAAAAAGGGCAAACAGGCAUUCCCAACGGAUGAACAAAUACGCGGAUAUGUCAAAGAGAUCCUGGAUAAAGCCAAUCUGGAGGAGAUUACCAUGAAAACAGUGUGCAAACAAGUGUAUGCAAAAUAUCCAGAAUUUGAUCUAACAGACAAGAAAGACUUCAUCAAGGCAACAGUGAAAGCGUUAAUUGCGACAUAAAACGACGUGAAGACAAAGCCACUUUGAAGUCGGAGAAGGGUCCAGGCUCUGUAGACAUACAAAACAAAACAGGCGACAGCAAAGUCAGGACGUUGUAUGCCGAUACAGAAAGAAGUUGGGCAUGGUUCGCGAAAUGUAACUCCUAGUAGUUGUCCUAUAAGUAUAUGAUUUGUACUCCUAUCCUAAAAGCUAUCUGCAGUUCACCUUAAUCCUAACGUCAGCGGCAGUAGACUAUCCAUUCUUAUAUAUAUUCAUCUGUAUAUAUAACUUUUUAUUUGUCCAACCGUGCGCACGCAUACACAUCAUUUUCUAUUUUCUUGAAAGUAUGUGCUCUCGACAGCUCUGCAAAGUGUGUAAAUUAAGCAAAGAGAAACUUGUAAAAAUCCGAUAAAAAAAAAGAAACACCUAAA